AUGAUAUAUCCUAUUGUCUGGUUGAUUGCCGUGGUUACAGCGCUGUCGGGCGCAGACCCGGUGAUCGGCUCCAUCACAUCCAGUCUGCAAAGUAUCCUUAAGAAUACGCAUGGCAGCAAGGAUUAUGGGUAUCCGACUGAUGUUACCCGUGAUCUGCUCCCAAUCCCGGUGCAUUCCCAUAACGAUUAUUGGAGAGAAAAGCCCUUCUAUACCGGGCUAUCAAAAGGCUGCACUUCUACCGAAGCCGAUGUGUGGCUAUACAAUGGCACCCUUUAUGUCGGUCAUGACCAAUCUGCUUUGACACACGAACGUACCCUAGAAGCUCUCUAUAUCAACCCGAUCUUAGAAAUCUUGGAGUGGCAAAAUCCCAAGAGCCCCUUUGUAACUUCACCUACCAAAAAUGGCGUUUGGGACACCGUCCCUGACCAAACACUAUACUUCUUCAUUGAUGUGAAAACAUCUGGACAUGAGACAUUCCAAGCUGUCAUUGAGGCUCUAGAACCUCUUCGUGAGAAGGGGUAUCUCACAACACUCAGGGGUGGCAAGACACUGACCACUGGGCCUGUGACGAUCAUUGGAACGGGCGAUACUCCAUUGGAUAUGGUUGCUCCUGUUCCAGACCGUGACUAUUUCUUUGACGCACCUCUUGCAGAGCUCAAAGAUCCAAAAUAUGCUAGUAUCACGGGCCUUGUCUCUCCUAUCGCAUCAACCGACUUUGAUAAAGCAGUCGGUGUAAUUGAACUUGAUACAGACCCCAUUCUCAACGAGAAGCAGCUAAACAGGCUUCGCGAGCAAAUUGCAAUGGCAAAAAGUCGUGGCAUCGGUGCACGCUACUGGAACACUCCCAACUGGCCAGUUCGCCAAAGAAACUUGGUUUGGAGAACACUGCUACGUGAGGGGGUCACCCUCCUCAAUGCAGAUGAUCUGGAUGCUGUCACUGCAUACUUCUAG